AUGAAGACUCUAUUGAAUGCAAAGUUCAAGAUUAAAGACCUAGGCCAACUCAAGUAUUUUCUGGGCUUAGAAAUUGCAAGAUCUCAACAGGGCAUUAAUUUGUCACAAAGGAAGUAUGCUCUAGAGUUACUAAAAGAUGCAGGAUUGUUGGGAUGUCAACCUAUUUCUACUCCCAUACAACCAGGCACAAAAUUUUCCAAGACAGAAGGGAAACUCUAUUCAGAUGUGCAUGCCUAUAGAAGACUUCUUGGCAGGUUACUAUAUCUAACCAAUACGAGACCAGAUUUAUGUUUUGCUGUUAGUACUCUCAGUCAAUUUCUUUCCAAUCCUUUGGAAGAACACUAUGUAGUAGCAAUAAGGAUCUUGAGAUAUAUCAAGAACAAUUCAGGACAAGGAUUAUUCUUUCCCUACAACACAGAACAUGCUCUCAUGGCUUUUAGUGAUUCUGAUUGGGCUGCUUGCCCUGACACUAGAAGGUAUGUGACUAGUUUUAAUGUGUUCUAUGGUGCAUCCUUAAUCAGUUGGAAAUCCAAGAAGCAAGGGGAGGCUAUAGGUGGGCCAAUAGGGGAGGCUACAAGUGAGUGA